AUGGCCAAUGGAGUGUUUAUGACCGUGUACGACUGGGAUACCGUGCCAGCAGGUAUCAAGCCGUUCUUGAAGUCGCUGGCUGUCGAGUCGUUCCAGCGUCACAAGAGCGCAGUCGUCGAGCUGAGUGACGAGCAGCUGAAAGGAUUUGCCGACAACUUCGUCUUUGGCACAGGCUGGACCAGCGAUGUGAAGCCCAACCAGCCAGCUAUGGCUGGAAUGACUCUUAUGGACGGAUCCGUACAGGUGGGCCGUUUCAAGGAGGAUCUUCCUCCGAGUCAGGUCAAGCAAGCCAAGCAUAACAGGCAGACCAACCCCAAUGCGCCGACGAGGUACUUGAUCGGCAACCCUACAAAGCCUGAUCAAGUCCACCGGUCACGAAAGGCCAACGCGCCCGCCUACUUUCGAGCCCGUAUGGACAAGAACUGUCACAUGGUCCAACACGACUACAUUGAUGGUGUUGGCAUGUUCGUCCCCAUGGAGUACAUCGAGUUCGACAAUGGUGGCACCGAGGUCAGUGACCGCGAAAUCGAGAUUGCUUAUCGCAUGGCCGACGACCGCUGUGAGAAGGCCAUCAAGGCGUGGAAUCACGAUUUGUGCGUCUUCCUUUGGCGCAAGGCCAUCUACAACUCUAUGCAGGCCUUCCGUGAUAUUUUGAACCAGACGCAUUGCAGCCAUGAUUACGGUUUGUGUCUGAAAGAAGGGUAG